GAGUCGACCAUCUUCCAUCUACAGCGCCCUCUAUCGUCACUCACGCUUAAGAAUGUCGGAUCGGUGUGUCAUAUUGUUUUAUUAUUAUAUUUGUCCAAUUUGAGCCCAUCGUCUGUCACGGUCAUGGUCAUGUUUGAACUCUCCAACAUCCCGUUCGUUUGAAGCCGUGGAUCCCACGAUUCCACGAUUCCCCGAAUGCCCUCGUCCCUUCCAAGCGAUUCACUUCCAGGGACUCUCUUUGGCGUCGACCUGUCCUCGACCUUCGACCUUCGACCUUCGACCAUCGCUUUGCACAUAAUUACGCCGCUGGCAAUCCCACCGACACAAUGAACAGCCCACCCAUGUCCGUAUCCGACGCUUCGUCGGCCUCUUCGGUCGCCGACGAGUUCCUGCAGCUCACCUACCCCAGCGGCGAACCCGACAUGCCGCGCCGCAAAGCCGCCCUCGUCAACCUCGUCGACGCCCUCGGGCCCUGGGAACUGAUGUAUCUCCGCGACCUGGUCGAAGCCAGGCCCCACGGCCUCGCCGGGCUCGUGCAGCUACCGCAGGAGCUGGUCUCCGAGAUUGCCACCUACCUGGGCUUCCGCGACAUCUUCACCUGCGUCCGCGUCUCCAAGCACUGGCGCGCCGUGUGGACCAGCGACUACGUCGUGAGCGGCUACGUGCGCUACUUCUUCCCGGGCCUCAUCGAGACCUUCGCCCCGAUCCAGCCGCCCAACUGCUGGAACCUGUUCCGCAAGGCGGCCCGCCGCUACAUCCGGCACCAGAGGGGCAAGUACGUCACCACGCUGGCGCAGGAAUGCGACGCCACGCGCCUCGACUCCCCCGAGCUGCUGCCCGAUCCCAUCUCCCACCCGAACGGCGUGUUGCGGCUCCCGCACCCCCCGCAGCAUAUACCGCAGGCCCGGUCCUUCGUCCUCAACUCGCGGCUGUUCCCUGUUCACUACAGCCAUGGGAAGGUGGCGCGCCAAUUGGAUGGCUGUUGUGUCAUUCUCGACGACCUCGUGAAGAGGGAGAGGCGGCUGGUGUCGUCGCCCGAAGCACGCCUUCGCGGCUGGGAGUUGGUGCUCGUGGCCAUCACGGACAAGUUGCUUGUCUUUGGAGAUGCGCGGAACAACGUCCUGGUCAUCUACCACAUAGAAUAUCGCGAAUUCCGCAAGCUCUCCAUCCCCUCCAACCUCAUGUACCUAUACGCGUCCGAAACCACGGUCGGCUUCACCGUGUUCCAACUCGAUGACGAUACCCUACCCGAACCGUUACCUCGCGAAUUUCGCCGUCGUCCGUAUCUGUGGCGCUGGGGAGAGAAUCUUCUGCCCGUCGAUCUGCCACGCACCGACCCCUCGGCUGCCAGAUUGACCUCCGACCCCAAGUGCGCCCACGACAUUGGCUUUGUGUUCCACCCCUGGAAUCCCGACGUCUUCUUCCUAGUCUAUAUGUGUGCCGGGCCUGGACUCCCCGAAGAAAGUCGCGCCUUCUUACAAAUAUCCGUGAGCGAGUACCAUGAUCGGACCUUGGUGCGCUCUUACCACACACGCCACUUCUUCGACGGCACCCAAGACGAGCUGGUGCGCCUAAAACCGCUCUGCCGCGCCAUGGACUCCCACGGCGGCGUCGCCCUGUGCCUCGCCUGGCUCGAGACCACCAGCGUCGUCAUGGCGCGCUUCAACGUCCUGACCCGGCGCUUCGCCUUCUGCACCGUCCCGGAGCACCCGGACAGCUCCCUAACCGGACCGGGCCACAACCGACGGCGGCUGGAAUGGGACGAGUCGGUGUUCUUCUGGAACAACGUCUUCUAUUCCUACCGGCAGGCGUCGCGGGCCGACAACGCGGCGCCGUAUCGGGCGGUCGCGUUCGCCCCGAUCGGCGAGAACAAGCGGCGCGCCGACGACGGGAGGGGGAGGAGCCGGCUCGAGAUCUUUGGCGAGAGGUGGCAGCGGCGGACCCUCGAGGGAGGGGGUCUGGAUGGGGACGAUAAUUUGCUUGUUCUCGGCACCGAGAUUGGCUACUACGUCUGGAACUUCCAGGACGGGACGGAUGGGUCGGGGAUCGGGUGGUUGACGCCGGCGGCGAACGAGCUGGCUGACAUGCCGGUGGUUAUGUGAUCUCAUCUCCCCAUCCGAGUUUCGGUUGGGAUCACGACACGACCGUCUUUUGACUCGCCAACGACUACGAAUAUCCCUUUGCUUUACGACUGACGGGCGCCGACGCGCCAUAAUAUGUGUCCGUUUGUCAUAUUUGUAUCAGGAUCCUUGGAAUCUCAAACGGACACGGUGUUUUAGGAGUUGCUAUUGGGCAGGAUAUCAAGCGUAUCGAUGAGCCAGCGUUCAGGAUUGUAUUUGUAUACGUCUACAAGGAGGCCGAUGCAGAUGGCAGUAUGUCCAUUGUUCUGUUGAGCAAUGUGGGAUAUGAUUAAAAGCUUAUAAUUUAC